GCGUUCCCAUCAGGCCUUGCGCGCGGGAAGAUGGCGGCGUCCAGGUGGAGGUCUUGAGAGCAGAUUGGCAUGGCGUUGGCGUCUGGGCCCGCGAGGCGGGCGCUGGCUCGCCCUUGGCGGCUCGGCCUUGAGGGCUGCGGGGUCCCGAGACGCAGGGCGUACGAGUGGGGCGUGCGAUCCACGAGAAAGCCGGAGCCUCCUCCCCUGGAUAGGGUGUAUGAGAUUCCUGGACUGGAGCCCAUCACCUUCGCGGGGAAGAUGCACUUUAUGCCCGGGCUGGCACGACCAGUCUUCCCGCCCUGGGAUCCCGGCUGGACGCACCCGAAGUUCCGCCGCUUGCCCCCGCUGCAGGAGCACCCGCUAUACAAGGAUGAGGUCUGCUACAUCUUCCACCAGCGUUGCCGCCUCCUCGAGGGUGUAAAGCAGGCCCUCUGGCUUACCAAGACCAAGUUAAUAGAAGGCCUUCCCGAGAAAGUGCUUAGCCUUGCUGACAAUCCGAGGAACCACAUAGAGAACCAAGAUGAACGCGUUCUGAAUGCGAUCUUUCAUGCUCGUCUCUGGCACUCUACUGAAGACAUCCCCAAGAGAGAGACCUACUGCCCAGUCAUUGUCGACAGCCUGAUCCAGCUGUGUAAAUCCCAGAUUCUCAAGCAUCCUUCUCUGGCCAGGCGGAUCUGUGCUCAAAACAACAUGUUAUCUACUACUUGGAAACGAGAGUCUACUUUGAUUCAGGUCCAUGGUUCCAGUGGAGCCCAGCUGAAUGCUAAGGAUCCUCUGCCUCCCAUUGCCUCCCAAGAGGAAGUGGAAGCUACUAAGAAUCAUGUUCUCGAGACUUUCUAUCCCAUAUCUCCCACUAUCAGCCUUCAGGAAUGCCAUAUUUAUGAUGUGAAUGACAACACGGGAUUCCAAGAGGGCUAUCCUUACCCCUAUCCCCACACCUUGUAUUUGCUGGAGUCAGCCAACUUACGAGCACACCGCUUUCAGCCACAUCAGUUGCAGGCCAAGAUGAUCCUGUUUGCCUUCGGCAGUGCGCUGGCUCAGGCCCGGCUCCUGUAUGGGAACGACCCUAAGGUUUUGGAGCAGCCAGUAGUUGUGCAGAGCGUGGGCACCGAUGGGCGUGUCUUCCAGUUCCUGGUGCUGCAACUGAACACCACAGAUCUGGCCUCCGAGGAAGGCGUCAAGAAUCUAGUCUGGGUGGACUCCGAUCAGCUCCUCUAUCAGCACUUCUGGUGUCUCCCAGUGAUCAAAAAGAAGGUGGUUGUGGAACCUGUUGGGCCGACUGGUUUCCAGCCAGAGACAUUCAGGAAGUUUUUAGCUCUGUAUUUGCACGGUGCCGUGUGAGCCAAGGACUGUUCUGAGGCUGGAGUCGCCUGCGCCCCGCUCUUCCUGAGAAUCCUGGAGCCUGGAUGGUGCCUGAAGCUGUAGCGCUCUUCGGGCCAGUGGUCUCUCCGACAAUAAAAGAGCCCUUUCGGCGCACUGGA